CUGUACAUCGAAGUAUGUAGGUGAGUUCUGUCAACAUCGGAAUCCAUGUCUGAAAGGUCAACGAUGUCAGAACGGAGGCGUUUGUCGAGUCGUCGAAAGCCCGUACGGUGGAACACCAACGUUCGCCUGUGACUGUCCUAUCGGUUAUUCAGCAAGUUUAUGUGAAAUCAAAUUAGACAGCGUGUGCGAUUCUUCACCGUGUUUCAACAAUGGAAAAUGUGUAUUGAAGACGCUUUAUGAUUUCACGUGCGACUGCGGCAAUGGAUAUGCCGGUGAGUUCUGUGAAAAGAUCGACUAUUGUGCAUCUUCGCCCUGCUUGUAUGGAGCGCAGUGCCGAUCGCUCGAUAACGAGUAUCAGUGCACCUGUGCUCCAGGUUUCACGGGACCCAAUUGUUCCGAAGACAUAGACGAGUGUGAUUUGAUAGCGCCUUGCAAGUACGGAGUUUGCGUCAACACUCAUGGAUCUUACAAGUGA